CUUUCAAUGAGCUUGCGCUCUUCUUUGCAAUGACUGACAUAUCAACCCCAGUGGCCGUUAACCGUAAAACACAAAGCGCAUCUACUUCUCCCGUCUUAUCGAACAAUCGACGUCGUCAAUCAUGGCUUCGAGGAAAUUCUUUCCUAUCGUUGUUACCGGAUUUUUCCAAUUCAAAGAAGAAACGCCGUUCACAAUCAUUAGGCAACGUACGAGCUUCCAUUGACGCUCCAAACCACAUACACUAUGUCAACAGCGACUUCGACCCCACUGCAGAGCAAAUACCCGGCAGUGGCCGGAGACGAAGUAGUGAUCGAAGCACCAUAUCCUCCAUUUCAUCUUUGUUCGCCAAAGUUGCUCGUAAGAAAAACCCUAGAAAAAAUUCCAUCAAUUCAGCCUUCACUCCGGCUGCUAUCCUAGCAUCCGAUCAAAAACCCUACAUCCCGUAUGUGAGCGCAUUCGAUGAUCAUGUCAUAGGUCAUCGAUGUUCACAAAAACGAAAUUCAACAAGCUCGUCUGCGACCGCCGUUGGUGAAUAUCAAGCCAAUAAGACAUCCCCUAUUUCAUUAUCCCCACGCAUCGCCUAUGUUGAAGCACUUCAGCCUGACAAGAAGUUGGAUCUCGACGAAAUUCGAAACGAUGCUUAUCCUAUCGAAAAUGACGAAGUAGAAGUUGAUCGAUUGCAAGCAAAGAAUGAUCUAGUCAAACUUGCCUUCGAUGGUGACUACUGCGCGCCACUAGAUUUCAAUGCUAUAGAGUAUCCACGCAUUCUAGAUAUAGGAUGUGGAGCUGGAAGCUGGUGUAUUGAUCUAGCUCAGCGAUACCCCGACGCCACUGUUUUCGGUCUUGAUUGUCAAGAUAUCUUUCCCGAUCCAAAGAACAUCCCACCAAACUGCCACUUGCUAGUUCAUAAUGUUCUUCAUGGACUCAAGCAAUACCCUGAAGGCUGGUUUGACUAUGUACAUUGUCGCUUCAUGAUGUUGGCCUUCUCACCUGAACAAUACGUACAAGUCAUGAGCGAAUGCCUUCGAGUCACGAGGAAGCAUGGGUAUGUGGAAGUGAUGGAAAUGGAUUUACGGAUAUACGGAGAUCCAACACCUGGGCCAUUGACGCAACGCCUCAAUGAGGAAGUUAUUCAUGCUACCGAAGACUUGAGGUUAAGCCCAAGAGUAGCAAGAAACCUUCCAGGCCUUUUUCCAGAUCAGUCGAAAGUAUCCUCCGCCAACACUCGCUAUCUCUCUAUGCCUAUUGGCAUGUGGGGUGGUCGACUUGGUGUGUUGUUCAAGGAGGAUCUGUUCAUGUUCACUAAAAAAUGCCAACCAGCUGUUGCGCAGGCUCGCAAUAUCCAGCAGCGUACAGAAGAAGAAUUUCAGAACGAGAUGGAGAGAGUGUCACGUGAAGUCGAGGUUUAUAGGUGCUUUAUGAAUUUUCACGCGUAUUGGGUCGAGAAGGCAUGAUAACGUCAAACAUUCCCGUCGCACCAACCGUUUGUUGAAACGUUUGUAUAUCAUCUGACUCAACCGUACUAUCCACCCUGUCUUUUUUUCUUAUACCAAUCUUUUUUGGUUGUAUUUAAUUCCGCUUACACACUCACUUCAUGUGUAUUUUUGUCAUCCACCAUAUUAAUUCUUGGUAUGAUUGUUGUACCUCCGUUUUCUCUAAUCAUUCUCUUUUUGUUCUUGCAAGUAAUACCCAUCCAGUUUUUUCCUUCUUCCCAUCGUGCUGAAAACAGCAUGUACAUUAUAAUUAUCAACAUGGAGACAUACGUUGUAAAUAUAAAUCACUUUGAACUUUUUGUGUCAUCA